UCCACCCAGAAGUGGGAGCCAAGUCUGUCAGACCUCCGCAGCCCGUCGCCGCGGCAGCAUGAGCGUGCGCGGCCCAGCCCUCGGCCUCCUCCUGCUGCUGUUCUGCCCGGCGCAGGUAUUUUCACAAUCCUGCAUUUGGUAUGGGGAGUGUGGAAUCGCAUCUGGAGAUAAGAGAUACAACUGCAGAUAUUCUGGGCCACCAAAUCCAUUGCCACAUAAUGGCUAUGACCUAGUGCAGGAGCUCUGUCCAGGGUUCUUCUUUGGCGAAGUCAGGCUUUGCUGUGAUGUCCAGCAGCUUCACACACUGAAAGACAACCUGCAGCUGCCUCUGCAGUUUCUGUCCAGAUGUCCAUCCUGUUUUUAUAACCUAGUGAACCUGUUUUGUGAGCUGACAUGUAGCCCUCGACAAAGUCAGUUUCUGAAUGUUACAGUGGCUGAAGAUUAUGUUGAUCCUACUACGAAUGAGACGAGAACAAAUGUAAAAGAAUUACAGUACUAUGUUGGAGAGCGUUUUGCCAAUGGUAAGUAAACUUUUAAAUUAUCCCUCUUUUAGAUUUGAUAUCAGGACAGUGGAUCAAGUUGUCCUGUCAGCUCUGUGAAAAAGGACAGUUCUCAGUUCCGUUAGCACUGAAAUGCCAGUGGAAAUGUGAGUUGUUGCUUUGCUUGUCUUCUGGGACUUGAGCUACAACCUAUGAAACGAUCUCCUUAAAGUAUUUGCUUUAACUCCUUCCUAACUGUAAGUUCCCUCAUGGA